AUGUUCAAGCUCGAGAUGGCGUCACUGUAUCAGAAACUACACGAGAACGAGAUCCGCGUCCUUGAAAUGCCGGCUAACGGAAAGACCAAGCCCGUCUGUUAUAAACUGAAGCACAUCACUCUUGGAAGCGCAACACAAUAUCAGACACUAAUAUAUCAUCCAACCGAAUCUUCGAAAGUUGAGAUCUCCAUCGACGAGGACAGGUUGGAAGUCACUCAGAGUUGUAAGCUUGCGCUAGAGGAGCUCGAGAAGAAAUCAACUGGAGGACAUGCGGCUCAGAUGGUCUGGGUCGCCGAGGUUUGCAUCAAUCAUGAGGAUCCUGUCGACAGGCAGCAUCACGCAUCGCUUGUGCACCGCAUCUCCAAAGAGGCUCAGCACCACAACAUUUGGCAUUCUAUCGAGACUGAAAACUGCAUCACCGAAGUUGAGAGUCCUUCUAGUCUUGUGCAGAUUAACGAAGACGACUUGGCCUCCCCCUCCAAUUGGAGCAAGUUUUUUCAAAGUUCAGACAAUUCAAGGGAGUGGCAUACAAUUUCAUCCUUCUUCGCCGAUUCAACAACCGGCCUUGAGCCCCAAAAUGGAAAAGUUAGCCCUCUUCACGCCGGAGACCCUUAUGAACUCAAGUCGCUUGGAAGCGCAAUUGCUUCUUUAUUCAGAAAGCCCACAGGUCAGGUCGCUGCUCUCAAAUUACCAGCAGAGAGGGCCCGUGGGCUCUUUGUCGGGAUGAUUGACCACGCUGGCCACGGACCAGUUGAUUCUAGAAUGAUUCUUCAAAAACAUCUGAUUCUGGCUGCAAUUCUUGGGCUGGGGUCGCUUCUCGCAGAGGGCUCCAGAAAUCUCGGUUCGCUGGAGGCUACCGUACCGAAGGACCAAGGGCAAGAUACUGCACCACUGCCCUGUCUAGACACGUCUUAUCAGCAUUUCAUCAUUCCGCCCGCUGACUUGAUCCGCAGCCCGCUUACUUUGAUUGCAGCCCCUCUGCAAAACCAUCGAGGAUUUCAAAUGCACUUGCAACAUCUUCUCAUCAAACUUGAGAUCUCACAAGAGGAGAUGAAGCCGACCAGGGAGGACGAGGACACUGAAAAGGCAAGCGAGGAAAACAAUAGCCCGGGAGAUGAUAAUGAUCCUCUUCCCGAAUCUGUCGCCCUCCCCGACGCGACAGAUGAGGAACUUGCUUUUUUGGAAGGUGUCGACCUCGACCAAAUCCAGGAUAAUUCUCCUUCUCGGCUAGACUGGAUGAGAAUGAAGAGAGAAAACGGCGAGGAAAACAUCUUUUUGGACCGAUUAAUGGCAAUGACAGAUCUCGAGGAUGUGAAGCGACACUUCUUGAAGACGAAAUGCACGCUAGAUACUCUGCGAAGGCAGGGCGUCGAUACAGCAUCUGAGUGUUUCAAUGCAGUGUUUGUAGGACGUCAGAAAGUCUGCGAAGCCGUAGCAAGGCUAUAUGCUCACUUCCUCAUAUCCAUCCACGCGGUGCCAGGCGAUGAAUUGAUCGAGACGACAGCGGGACAGUAUCUGGAAGAGAGCACAUAUUCUUACGGGACUCGACGCCGUCCUGACCAAUCAGGGGUUUUCCUGAUGACAAACCCCGACCGGCUCGCUGACGCCAGCGAUGGCGAUGAUUACACUCAGAAGCUACGCAAUGAGAUGGAAAAAAGUCGGGGCAAAUUCAUUUUCCUAUAUACGUGUUUUAUGGAAGGCAGGAUGGACUCGUUUCUCGAGUUUGAAGACGUUGGGAAAGAAAUACCUCACCGUGUAAAGCUCGACAGCGGCCUGGGGAGAGAUAACGCGAUAGACAUGCUAAGUGAGCUGCUCGAGAAAAGAUUUCCGAAGAGAAUGCAAAUCGAGGGGGGCAUUGAGGGAGAAUUCUCUCGCUUGCUGAUCCAUCGAGCCUAUCGUGGCGACUGGAAGAGAGGAUUCGCAUCAUUGGAGAUUAUCUUCUCAGAGGUUUGCAGGCGACAACUCGACCGCAUAAGCCAAGCACGAAGGAAUGGAGAACGCCCAGACGACUUUCUGAUAACAAAGGAAGACGUAUUGGGAACCGAAUCGCCCGACCCGCUCCACGAAAUCCCAGCGUGGAAGGAGAUGAUGGAGCUGGCCGGAAUGGAAUCGGUCAAAGAAUCAAUCCGCAGUCUUGCUUCUUUGGUCCGGAUGAAUCGCCAACGGGAGUUGCAAGAUCAACCUCCCCUUCGAGUCGGGCUCAAUCGUGUCUUCCUGGGUCCACCUGGGACAGGAAAGACAACCGUGGCCAAAUUGUACGGCCGGAUCCUUGCAGAUCUGGGGUUACUUUCGAGCGGAGAGAUUGUCGUCAAGAAUGCAGUCGACUUUAUCGGACAAUAUAUCGGCUGGUCGGAAGAGGCUGUCAAGUCCGCCCUCGAAUCCGCCCUCGGCAAAGUACUAGUCAUCGAUGAAGCCCACGUAUUGUAUCCCGGAAAGCGAUCUCACAGGGGGAAUGCCGGUGGAGAUGUGUUCCGAAUUGCAGUGAUUGAUACGCUCGUCUCACAGAUACAGAAUCUUCCCAGCGAGGAUCGCUGCGUGGUUUUGAUAGGGUACAGUGAGCCAAUGCGAGAGAUGUUCCAGUACAGCAACCCUGGGUUGGCGCGACGCUUUCCUCUGGAUGACGCUUUCCGUUUCGAUGACUUUAGCAUGGAGCAGCUCACUCGCGUUCUGGAGCUGAAGCUGGAUAAGCAAAAGUUGGCGAUCACUGAGCAAGCCAAAGACGUCGCUCUACAACGACUCGCGGCGGCCCGAGACCGUCCAAAUUUUGGGAAUGGAGGUGAGGUUGACAACCUUCUCCAUCACGCCCUGACCAGCUCUCAACGGCGAAUAUCAGCGAAUCCUUCUUUCGACCUCUCCACCCCACUCGCUCUUCAGCCGGAGGAUUUCGACGCCGAUUUCGACAGGCUGUCCGACUCCGAGAGCAGAUUCAAGGAGAGUUUCAAAGACAUCGUGGGGUGUAAGGAAGUCAUAGCAAAGUUUGACGGCUAUCGAAAAAGCGUUCAGGGUAUGCGAAUGUGUGGCAGGAAUCCUCGAUCUCAUAACCUCAUCCCGCUCAACUUUGUGUUCAAAGGCCCGCCCGGCACAGGAAAAACGACCAUGGCGCGCAAGGUCGGUAAAUUGUUCUACGAUAUGGGCUUCCUCUCCUCAUCCGACGUGGUGGAGUGCUUUUUCUCGGAAAUCAUCGGGGAAGCUCUGGGUCAGACCGGCCCGAAAGUUGUAGCAGCCCUGGAACGAGCUCUAGGCAAAGUCUUGUUCAUCGAUGAGGCGUAUCGGCUGGCCCAAGGAGAUUUUGCCACGGACGCAAUCAACGAGCUGGUCGACUGCAUGACCAAAGAACGGUUUGCCAACAAAAUGGUCAUUAUACUGGCCGGCUACGCCGAGGGAAUGGACAGCCUGAGGGAGAUCAACCAGGGCUUCGCCAGUCGAUUCGCUACCGAGGUUUUGAAAUUCGAAUAA